GCGUUUUACGUCAUUACGUCAGAGGGAAGCAGCAGUGACAGGAGACAACCUGUUGGGACAGAGUUAACACCUGUCAGGAUGGUGAUGAAGAGGAGGAAGACAUGGCUGGAUAUAUUUGAACUAAUGCACUAUGUCGGGGGAGCUGCUGAGGAUGGCGAGGUGGCAGAGAUGCAGACUCCUUCCUGCGAUGGACAUGAUACAUCUGAAUGACAGACAGCUGCCUUCAACCAGUCUUUGAACGCGGGGCCUGGGAGGGGGUUGGUCCAUCAUGGGACCUGGUGUCAAGAAGGCAAAGGACGCACUCUCACCAUGCAGUCCUGUGCAAGGUGUGGUUUUGUGGUCUACCCAGCUGAGAAGAUCAACUGCAUUGACCAGAACUGGCACAAAGCAUGUUUUCACUGUGACGUCUGUAAGAUGGUUCUCACUGCCAAUAACUUUGUCAGCCACAAGAAGAGGCCGUAUUGCUCUGUACACAAUCCAAGGAACAACACAUUCACAAGUGUCUACGAGACGCCCAUCAACAUCAAUGCAAAGAAGCAAAGCAAGGCGAGCAGUGAGCUGAAGUAUCGUGAAGAUGGCGAGCGCUUUAUGUCCACCUUCCAUUAUGACAUGAGGUCCAUGGAGCUGCAGAAGGCUCUCCUAGCCAAACAGAUGGCCAGCCAGGCCUUUCACUCUCAGUCGGAGUUCUCACAGCAGCAGACGUGGUAUUCUGGCAUGGUGAGCAGUCAGGAGACUGUGAUGUCAUCUCAGGCACAGAAGGCCAUCAGUGAUGUGAAGUACACAGAGGAAUAUGAACAGUCAAAAGGAAAAGGCAGCUUCCCUGCCUUGAUCACUCCGGGUUACCAGGCUGCUAAGAAUGCCAAUACAUUGGCCAGCAGUCUUGAGUACAAAAAAGGACACGAGGAGAGAGUUUCAAAGUACACAGCAUUUGUUGACCCUCCAGAGGUGCUGCUCGCCAAGAAACAAGGGCAAAUAGUCAGCGAUUAUGCCUACACCGAAGAUUAUGAGCAGCAGAGAGGUAAAGGUAGUUUUCCUGCACAUCUCACACCUGGAUACAAGAUGUCAAAGAAGGCCACUGAGCAGGCCAGUGAUAUAAAGUAUCGUCAGAUGUACGAGCAGGAGAUGAAGGGCAAAGCCAGCACUGAUGCUGCUGUUUUGGAGACGCUUCACGCCAAAGAAAAUUCAGAAAACUUCAGCCAGAUCGCAUACACUGAAGACUAUGAGCAGCAACGAGGCAAAGGCAGUUUCCCCGCACAUCUCACACCUGGAUACAAGAUGUCAAAGAAGGCCACUGAGCAGGCCAGUGAUAUAAAGUAUCGUCAGAUGUACGAGCAGGAGAUGAAGGGCAAAGCCAGCACUGACGCUGCUGUUUUGGAGACGCUUCACGCCAAAGAAAAUUCAGAAAACUUCAGCCAGAUUGCGUACACUGAAGACUAUGAGCAGCAACGAGGCAAAGGGAGCUUCCCUGCAAUGAUCACUCCUGGUUAUUAUCAGGCAAAGAAGGCACAGGAGAAUGCAAGUAAUCUAAAAUACAGAAAGGACUUAAGCAAGAUGAAGGGCACCGCGCACUUCCAUAGUCUGACAUCUGAGGACAAUUUGACUCUUAUGAAUGCCCGGAAGAUCAACAAGCUUGUCAGUGAGGUGGAGUAUAAGAAAGACUUGGGGAACACCAAAGGCCACAGCAUCAACUUCUGUGAGACACCGCAGUUUCAUAAUGUUUCUAAAGUUGCCAAGUUCACCAGUGAUAACAAGUACAAAGAGAAGUACAUCAGCGACAUGAAGGGACACUAUGAAGACUCGGGAAUCGAUAAGAAGACCAUGCAUGCAAUAAAAGUCAGGAAGUUGGCGAGUGAUAUUUCAUACAAGCAAGGCUGUGAACAGGAGCAGGGUGAAUAUAACUACCCAGCCACCCUCACACCAGGUUACCAAAGCCAAAGGAAGCUUGACCCUCUAAAAGAUAGGAACUACAGGCAACACAUUGACCAGGUCAAGUACAAAAUGGUGACAGACACACCUGAGAUCAUUCUGGCAAAGAAAAAUGCCCAACUUGUCAGCAGCAAUAAAUAUAAAGAAGACUGGGAAAAGACCAAGUCUAAGGCCUGUGACAUUGGCAUGGACGACCUGAGUGUCAAAACAGCCAGAGCUUCCCGAGACCUCGCCAGUGAUAUUAAAUACAAAGAGAGCUACUUGAAGAACAAGGAAAAGGCAGUGGGGGUGAACGUGAGUGACUCCAAGACUCUGCACUCUCUUCAAGUGGCCAAGAUGAGCAGUGAUAUUGCGUACAAGAAGGGCUCCAAGGAGGGACAGGCUAACUUCACGCUUCCAUCAAACAUGAUCAACUUGAGCCACGCCAAGAAGGCCCAAGCCCUCGCUAGCGACCUGGAAUAUCGCACAAAGCUCCAUGACUACACUAUUGUGGCAGAUGACAUCAAGGUCCAGCAGGCCAAGAAGGCUUAUUCCCUGCAGAGCGAGAACCAGUAUCGUUCAGACCUGAACUGGAUGAAAGGAGUCGGCUGGGAGGCGGAAGGUUGUCUGAACAUAACACAGGCCAAGAAAGCCGGAGAGCUGCUCAGUGAUACUAAAUAUCGCCAAAAGGCAGACAGAAUCAAGUUCACCCAGGUGGCCGAUGAUCUCUCCAUCAAACACGCCAAAAAGAGCCAGGAGCUGCAGAGCGAUCUGGCGUACAAAGCAAGCACGGAUCAGAUGAUUCACCAGUAUACCAUGACAAAGGACGAACCUCUUUUCAGACAAGCAAAGGCCAAUGCUGAGCUUCUCAGUGCAAAAAUGUACAAAAGCAACUGGGAGAAGCAGAGAGAAAAGGGCUUUGACCUGCGUCUGGACUCUCUCUCUAUUCUCACUGCCAGAGCAAAGACGGACCUGGCCAGUGAUGUUAAAUAUAAGGAGCAAUAUGAGAAAAACAAAGGCAAGGUGAUUGGUAUUAAGUCAGUGAGUGAGGACUCUCAGAUGGCCCACUCUGCUCUGGCAACCAAACUACAGAGUGGCCGCCAUUACAAGAAGAACUACGAGGACACAAAGACUAAAUUCAGUGUUGCUUUGGAUAUGCUGAACAUCAGCCACGCUAAAAAGGCUCAAGACCUGGCAACCGAGACCAACUACAGGACUUUCCUCCAUGAGUACACUAUUCUGCCGACUGACAUGAACGUCGCCUGGGCUAAGAAGGCCUAUGGGCUGCACAGCGAUAAACAGUACAGGUCAGAUCUGAACUGGAUGAAGGGCGUCGGUUGGGAGGCCUCACAGUCUUUGGACGUCCAGCAGGCGAAGAAGGCCGGAGAACUCAUCAGUGAGAAAAAGUACCGCCAGGGUGCCAGUGCUCUGAGGUUCACCAGUGUUGAGAACACUCCGGAGAUGGUCCAAGCCAAAGUCAGCAACAAACUGGCCAUUGAUCGGUUGUACAGGGAGAAGGGCGAAAACCUGAAGCACAACUACACACUCACUGAAGAGCUACCUGAGAUGGUGCAGGCCAAGCUCAACGCCAUGAAUAUCAGUGAGAGCCAUUACAAGGAAUCUUGGACUAAGUUGCGUGAUGGUGGUUACAAGCUGCGUCUGGAUGCCAUUCCCUUCCAGUCUGCCAAAGCAUCUGCUGACAUCCUCAGUGAUCACAAGUACAAAGAGGAAUUUGAGAGGACGAAAGGGAAGAUGAUCGGGCUGAGGGGACUGCAGGAUGAUUUGAACAUGGCUCACUCUGUCCACGCCACCACACUACAGAGCGACAUUAAAUAUAAGAAGGACUCAGCGAAGCAGCUCUCCAAGUUCCAGCUGCCCAUGGACAUGAUAGAGGUGGCCCAUGCCAAAAAGGCCCAGUUGCUGGUCAGUGAUCAGGACUACAGACACAGCCUGCAUCAGUACACGUCACUGCCUGAUGACAUGAAGGUGCUGGCGGCCAAGAAGGCAUACGCACUGCAGAGCGAGAAAGUGUAUCGCUCUGACCUGAACUACCUGCGUGGUGCAGCCUGGAUCGCCACAGGGGCCCUGCAGAUCGAAGGCUCCAAGAGGGCCUCAGAUCUCAUCAGUGAUAAAAAGUAUCGUCAGCAGCCGUACAACUUCAAGCACACUUCUGUCAUUGACUCUCCUGAUAUUGUUCAUGCCAAACUCAGCGGACAGAUCACAAAUGAGCGAUUGUACAAAGAGAAAGGGGUGAAUGACCAACACAACUACACGAUAACAUCCGAGAGGCCUGAGAUUACACAAGCAAAGAUCAACGCAGCCAACUUCAGUGAGAUUAAAUACAAAGAGUCCUGGCACACGCUGAGGGCUCAGGGCUACAAACUCACCAUGCAGGACAUCCCAUUCCAGGCUGCCAAGAGCUCCACAGGCAUCGCCAGUGAUUACAAUUACAAACACAACCACCUGCUGGAAAAAGGAAAACACAUUGGCGUCAAAAGUGUCUUGGACGACCCGCGUCUCCUGCAGUGUCUGCAGGCGGGCCGGCUGGCCAGCGACCAGGAGUACCGCAGGGACGCCCUGACUGCCAGCGGUCAGUACCACCUCACUCCAGACAUGAUUAAUCUGGUGACGGCUAAGAAUGCCCAGGCUCUGGCCAGUGAUCAGGACUACAGGACCAGGCUGCAUGAGUACACGGUGCUCCCUGAUGACAUGAAGGUCAAAUGGGCCAAAAAGGCUUACGACCUGCAGAGUGAGAAACUCUACAAGUCAGACCUCAGUUUCAUGAAAGGAGUGGCCUGGGAUGGAGCGGGAGCUCCUCAGCUGGAGUCAGCCAAGAAAGCUGGAGAACUCAUCAGUGACAAAAAGUACCGCCAGCUGCCUGACCGUCUGAAGUUCACCUCAGUGACUGACUCUCCUGAUAUCAUCCAUGCCAAGACAAGCUAUCAACAUUGCAGUGAGAGGCUGUACAAAUCAGGGAAGGAUGACGACAUGCAUAAAUACACCUUACACCCAGAUGAUCCUGACUUUGUUAGAGCCAAGCUUAAUGCCCAGCAGAUUAGUGACAAAGUUUACAAGGCAUCUGGAGAGCAGGUGAAGACAUCAGGAUACGACCUGAGACUGGACGCUAUUCCGUUCCAAACUGCCAAAGCCUCCAGAGAAAUAGCCAGUGAUUUCCGUUACAAGGAGUCCCACCAGAAAGAGAAGGGCCAGCAGGUGGGGCUGCGCUGCGUGGAAGACGACCCCAAGAUGGUGCACUCCAUGGCGGCCAGCAAACUCCAGAGCAACCUGGAGUACAAGCGUCAGUCCAAGGAGGAGCGCUCCCACUACAAAAUCCACGCCGAUCAGCCCGAGUUUCUGCAGGCGAAAAAGAGCCAGGCACAGGCGAGCGACAUCACCUACCGCCACAAGCUCCACGACUACACCUGUGACCCCGAACAGCUCAAUGUCAAGCACGCCAAGCAGGCGUAUGGGCUGCAGAGUGAUGUGAAGUACAAAUCAGACCUGAACUGGAUCAGAGGAGUGGGCUGGACUCCUCCUGGAUCCCAUAAGGCCGAGCUUGCCCGUCGAGCUGCAGAGCUGGGACUGGCAGAGGGAGUUACCACUGACGAGGCUAUCGCUAAGUACCAGCAGAUGAUGAUGAUUCACCACCACCAGCAAAUGGAGCAGCAGCAACAGCAGCAGCAGCAGCAGCAGCAGACGUCCGAGCAGGUGGAAACGAGCGAGGAGAUUCAACAAGGCGUCAACAUGGACGCCACGGAGGUCCUUCAUGUCAAGAGGAAGAAGACCAUUCAGACCGUGCAGAAAAAGUCCUCCUCCACCAUCACCACCUCAUUCAGAUCCUUGAAGAAGUCCAGCAGCACCUCGUCUUCCUCAUCAGCUGCCCUCCAGAACACCGUCACCAUGUCAGGGUCUAGUAAAGCUGCUGCGAUAGAGGAGGCGUAAAUCACUCUAGUUUUUAUACAUGAUAGUGUUAGGAGAUUGUUAAAAGAUGGGCACUUUGAGAGGACGAGACAAGGAGGUGAACUUUUGUAAAGUGGUUCACUGUCUAGGUGACGCUUUAGUAUCUAUUUUGAUGAAAUGAUGGUUGUUAUUUGUUAUUUUAUGUCAAGUAAAGUAGAGUAUUAAAUGCUAGAGGUGGGCUGAGCAUGUUGAAUUGGGAAGGAUGUGGUGAAGUCAAAGGGUUUUAAAGCUUCAGGUCGGUUUUAUGGCCCAUGUGAUCAUGAAAGUGUCUGAAGAGGACGAUGUUAAGGACAGGAAAAAUUGUUUUAGGACAGAAGUGACACAGUAUGAAAUGGCUCGUGUACGUUGACUGAAUUCAAAUGAGAUUUCUAUAUGGCCAGCGCUUUAGGAGAUUUUGUUUUUAUCCAUUUUAUUUCCUUCAGCGAUGAAGAAACGCUGCACGUUCAAAUGGACAAAGCAAAAACGACACUGUUGCACCUCUGCAAUACAUGCAGUUUUAAUAUGAAGGCUGAUAAUCUGGUGUCCUUUGAGCUAGGCUCAGGUCGACUGAUACGAUGUGUGAUCUCCAUUUUGUCUGGCAGGUUCAGCUUUGUGAGUUUGUAAAAGUGCCUCUUUAACUCAAAGCUGGACUCGGAGUAAAUGCUUGGUUUUUGUUGCUGAAAGAAUAAAUAGUUUUUCUAUUUUCAAGGCAAA